AUGUCGGAGCGCGUGGCAACAUGGGACGUCGCCGACGUCUCCAAGCGCGGUGCCCCCACCAAAGAGCUCCCGAACCUCUACCGCAACUGGGGCACCGGCCGCUGGGGCAUCCUCCUCUCCGGCAACAUCAUGAUCGACCCGGGCCACCUCGAGGCACCCGGGAACCCAGCCAUCUCGCUCGACCACCAGCCAGUCGAGGGUGACGAGCGCUUCGAGACGUGGCGCCGCAUAGCCGCGGCGACCAAGGCCCAAGGCUCUCUUUUCCUCGCACAAGUCGGCCACCCGGGACGCCAGGUCAUCAGCGCCAUCCAGCCGAACCCCGUCUCCGCCACGGACGUGCAGCUGGUGACGGACUUUGGGGGCAUGACGUUCGCCAAGCCGCACGCGGCGACGGUGGAGGAGAUCAAGAAGCUCACGGAAGGGUUCGUGCACUGCGCGGCGUACCUCGAAAAGGCCGGCUUCGACGGCAUCCAGCUCCACGGCGCACACGGCUACCUGAUGGCGCAGUCCCUCUCGCAGACGACCAACAAGCGGACGGACGAGUACGGCGGUUCGCUGCGGAACCGCGCGCGCUUCAUUACUGACGUUGCCGACGCCAUCCGCGCGCGGACGGGUCCCGGGUUCGUCAUGGGCAUCAAGAUUAACAGCGUCGAGUUCCAGGAGUCCGGGUUCACGACCGACGAAGCCGCGGAGCUAUGCCAGCUCCUAGAACAGCACAAGUUCGACUUUGUCGAGCUCAGCGGUGGCACGUACGAGAAGUCGGGGUGGCACCACCAGAGGGACAGCACAAGGGCCCGCGAGGCCUUCUUCCUCGACUUCGCGGAGAAGAUUGUGCCGCACGCUGGGCUCGAUGGUGUGGGCAUCGGGCGGCUUGCUUGUGCGGAGCCGAGGUUGCCAAAGGACAUAUUCGAGAACGGCGUCAAGAGUUGCCUCAAGCCCCUGUUCGACGAGCAGGACUUUGGUCUUGGAGUUGCCAUGGCGGGAACGCAGAUGCUGCAGAUGGGUCACAACGAGGAGCCCAUGGACCCGUCAGAUCAGAAGUCGACAGAGGGCUUGGUGAAGUACCUCACAGCUUGGAAAGCUCGGGUGGCUGAAAGCAAAGGGCAGCUGUACGGCUUCGUCAGGCUGGAGUCGGUUCCCGUGUUCCCGUGUUCCCGUGUUCCCGUAUGGGAAUGUUGCCCCGGCAAGAUUAGCUCGGCCCUCCUCGUCUUCCCACCCCUCGCCCGCCCCACCUACGUACCCAGUACUUCGAGCGGUUAG